AUGGCGGCAGCGGGCGGCCGGAGCCCGAGCUGCAGCCAGCUGCUCCAGGACCCGCCGAGGCGGCCGCCGCGGGACGGCCGCGGCGUCUACGUGUACCCGAACCCCUUCUUCCGCUACGACGGCGAGUGGAGGGGAGGAAGGACGCACGGCCAGGGCAAGCUGCUGUUUAAAGACGGGAGUUACUACGAAGGCGAGUUUGUGGACGGGGAGAUCACAGGCGAAGGCUGCCGACUCUGGGCCUCAUCAGGGGACACCUACUCUGGACAGUUUGUCCUGGGAGAGCCUCAAGGAUACGGCCUCAUGAAGUACAAAGCUGGCGGACAUUACGAAGGGGAGCUCUCCCACGGCCUGAGAGAAGGACACGGGCACCUGGUGGACCAGGACGGACAGGCCUACUGGGGGUCGUUCCAUAACAACAAGCGGCAUGGCCAGGGGCACAUGGUCUUCCGGAACGGUGACAAGUACGAAGGCGACUGGGUCCAGGACCAGCGUCAGGGGCACGGGGUGCUGUUCCGUGCUGACGGCUCCACCUACAAGGGACAGUGGCACAGCGACGUCUUCAGCGGCCUGGGCCAGCUGACCCACUGCUCCGGGGCCGUCUACCAUGGGAUGUGGAUCAAUGGCCACCCGGUGGCACAAGCCAAGAAGAUCGUGAUUUUGGGUCCGGAGGUGAUGGACGUGGCUCAGGGCUCUUCCUUCACCGUGAGCGUUCAGCUGCAGCAGGACAGUGGGGAAGUGGCCGAGGGCGAGGACGGCCGGGUUUUGAAGAUCUCAGCCGGCGUCCGGUAUGUGCAGCUCCCGGCCUACUCGGAGGUCAGCUUCUUCAACGUGGACAAGGACGACCGAGGGACACCCAUCCAGACCCCAUUCGGGUUUGACUGCGUGGCCUAUCCUCUGUGGAGUCCCAAGUCUGGGGGCCAAGAGCCCAGAGCUGCGCUGGAAAGUACCAGAGACCCGCGGCUCCCCACCAGAGACCCCGAGCUGGCGCUGGCAUCAGACAUGUCCUGCGGCCAGAGGGCCAUCCCUAGUGGCCUUGCCGGAGAAACCUCUUCCCCCACUUCCUGGGGGCACGAGCCCCCCUGUCCUGAGGACUGCCGACGCGUGGAACAAGGUUGCGCCCAAUUCUCGGACGUCCGCCUUGGGCCCCCACCUCCCGGGUACAGCCCUGUCCCCUUCCUCGACAACCUCCGUGAGGAGACAGACAGCAGGUCCAGAGGCGGCCUGGGCCCCGGCAGGAUGAUGCCCGACGGGCAGGACCCGCCAGGAGGCAGCAGCAGGCCUGACGGGGCGGCCUCAGCCGAGCCAGCAGCAGCUGCCUUCCCAGGGGAGUACGUCAUCAUGAUCUGCGACGUGACCGACCCUCCCUUCCUGGGCCACACGCUGCCCACCGCCUUCAAACACCUGCGGGUCUUGGGGAAGGGGACGGAUCAACGGCCCCACGUGGCUGGAGAAGGCCCUGACCCCCAAGCUCGGACAGCCACCCCGUGCACCUGACAGCCCCCAGGGUCGCCCUCGGGAGACCAUCUUCACUGUGAGGGGAAGGAAGAGCCAUGUCAGCUCCGUGGGGCCCCUUCCCCCACUUCCCCAGCGGGCCCAAGGGCCACCCUUGUACACCCCAUGGCUUCAGUAAAACGC